UGGUAGCGCGUGGCCCUCCUAAGGCCAAGGCUGUGGGUUCGAGUCCCACCCUGGUCGCAUUCGAUUUCUUUUUUUGCUCUUUGCUGAUCUUCGACCCGAUCACAGCCCAGGGUAGAUUUCUUUCUUUUUUCCCUUCUCUUACUCUCUCUGUCCAUACAUUCUAAAAUAAUAUAUUACUUGUUGUAUAGGGUUUUAUAUCUAUUACUUAUAACUUUUGAUGCUGUAGCUCUAGGUUUUAAGGUAAGUAACGGAUCAAAGUUGUUGAGGGUGACACUGCAGCUGUGCCACCAUGAAUGCGCACAGUCAAUAAUGGCCGUGAGAAUCGCACUCCAAACACGACACGAGCACCGUGCAAGGCAAGUGCAAGAUCUUCGUUUGAGCGUCCACUAUACCUCUCAAUCAUUUGCCUGAAAUGUGGGUGCAAAACAGCUGCAAUCUACUUGCCGCGCUAUCGAAGCCUCCAUGGACGAAACCACUGAAGUUGGACCUCCAUAUCACAAUGGACGGCGAAGAACGCAUUCCAUUCCAUUCAUACAUCACGUAUGAAGACGCUCCACCCUAUACUUCAUCGCAAGCCGCGCUGCUAUCACGCUUCACCCAACUUCCCACAGAGCUUCAACUGCGCGUCCUGGACUUCUGUUCUGCGCCUACGCUCUAUCGGAUGAUGCACAUAUCCAUGCUUCGCAACGAAGCUGCAAAGCGGUUUUGGUCACAACCGGAUACAUACUAUCUCGUCCAUGCUCGCUGGCUCUUUUCAGGUGGGCACGCAGGCUAUACAUGCUACGAUCUGUCCUUUAUGGCUUACGUGCAAAAUGUGGAGAUCGAGUACGACCCGUUCUGUGAUAAUAGAAUAGCUCGUGUCCGAGGAGACGAUGAUUAUGGGGUUGAUUACGAUAAGGUUCGACCGUUUUGGAGGGCGUUUCGAACGAGAUUUCCUCGCGCAAAAAGGGUAGUCUUCAAUAAAAACUGGGAAUCGUGGACUCCAUACGAUGAGCCCGUUGCCUGGACUCUCAAGGCAAUCAUCGAGACAUGCCCAAUUGACCUCGAGAUUUCGGCUUUCGCGCUGAUAGAGAAAAGCUCUGGUCGCGGAAGGCGGACUGUGCGUCCUGUUGCGAAGAAUUGGCACAGAGUGCUCUUUCGUCUCGCAGAUGAUGGCAGAUGGAGGGAAGUCACUUCGUCUAAUUUCGAUCGCAAGACCGUUCUCAUGCCUCCUAAAAGAUUUCACGGGCUGGUUGGUGAAUUCAAGGGAAUCUUGCAUCGAAGAGACAUGAUCGAUUUGCGUAAAGAAGGCCUCAGGGCCAUCGCAAUCGAAGCUUUGGAUCGACACUAUUUUUGGAAGGAGGAUCCUGAGCCAUUUCAUUGCCCUGCGCGUGGAUGCCAUGCCUACUUCGAAAAAGCUGGACAGUGGACGCAGCAUGCUGCAGAGGCACACAUGGGGGACAUGCUUGAGGCACCACCUGAGAUUCUACUUCGCCCAGUACUACAGAGUCUACCUCGCGCAUUACAACAGGAUUUCGAAGAACGCAAGAACAAUGUGAUAGAAGGGUUCGAAGCAGAAAAAGGAAAGCUUAAGAAGCUCUUUAGCGAUUGGAAUGAGGAAGGGGGCAAGAAGCAACGGGAGCUAGAACGGGGUUUUAUUCAUCAGUUGGAUAACGACGAGGCAUGGAACACGGGGGUACAUGUAUACAACAGUGCGCUCUUGAGAGAAUUUAGGGAUAUGAUGGAUCCAAGGUGGGCUGGAUACUGACCACGGUCACACACACACUAUAACAGUGCUUCUCUGUUAACAGCGGAGGACAAAUAUGCCGACCAAGCAACGCCGACCAUAUUAGAUACAAGCAACCUGUACUGCAGAGGUACAUAAAAGAAAUUGAG